AUGAGUGCGAACCCGGCAGAAGGACCCGACACCUUCAGCCGGGUCCUGCCUUUGCCCUUUCGUCUCCAAUUCGAGUUGAUCCUUGGAAUCUGGCUCUGGGCGCUCAAUCUUCAUGGUUUCCACCGUCUAAACAUUGACAUAUUCACCUUGAUACGAUACCCGAUCCGACCCACGGACGAUGAGCCGCCACUUCACACGUCUACAUAUCGCUUUGCCGGGGUUCUCACAGGACUAUGGCUGGGCGCGAUUCUCCUCUUUUGGACUUUGACCCAGGGAGAUGCAGAGCUUGUGAUUUCCCAUUCCUGGAUACCGAACUGUCUGUUCUUCCUCAUUCUGGCGGCUUUCUUCCUCCCGCGGUACCCAUUUAUCAGCGCGGCGUAUGGCAGUACCAACUCUGCUGGUGUGUCGAGGUUCUUCCAAGGAAUGCGCAGGAUCGCAUUUGGAGGGAUUGCGAAACCCAAGCCGGAGAAAUUUGGGGAUGUCCUACUCGCAGAUGCUCUCACAUCGUACUCGAAGCCCAUUUCCGAGGUGUUUGUGACGAUUUGUAUGUUCUUGAAAGGACUGGRGACUACGAACAAACCAGAUCGACUUUGUGGACACGAAGUCAUUGUGCCAUUGUCGAUUGCAUGGCCUUUUUUCAUUCGAUUGAGGCAGUGUUUGAAGGAAGGGCAAUGGGCAAACGCCGCAAAGUAUGCCACUGCUUUUCCGGUGAUUGUAUUGAGUUCGAUGACGAGGAAGAAUCCGACAUUGAUAGUGUUUUGGCGAUUGGCCGCCAUCACCAAUUCCCUCUACAGUUUUUGGUGGGAUGUUUCCAUGGACUGGGAUCUCACAUUUCUUUCGCGAUAUCGCCACAAGUCGCCUUAUGGACUACGCCAGCAGCGAGUUUUCCGAACCCCAAUGUUGUACUAUCUUGUCAUUGCGUUUGAUAUUGCAUUGCGGUUCGCAUGGUCGAUGAAACUGUCGCUGCAUUUGGUCAAUCUGGACGGACUGGAAGGAGGUGUGUUCUUGUUGGAGGUUCUUGAGCUGUUGAGACGUUGGGUGUGGGUGUAUUUCCGAGUAGAGACGGAAUGGGUGAGAUUGAUGCCUUCGUCGAAUAUAGAUCUUUGA